GCAGCCAUUGGUCCUCCUAGCUCACAGACCGAGGUCCUCUGCUUGGGAAAAAUGGCUGCUUCGGCGGCGGCGACGGGCUCCUCCCCCAGUUUGUUUCCAAGCUUCGCCGUAGUUUGUUCGUUCCUAGAACGUUAUGGAGCUGCACUAAACUUACCAAAGCUUACAUUUCCACAGUUGGAAGGAUACUUAAUGGAGACCGCGACAGUUCCAAAGGUCCUGGUGGAGCUUCAUGUGAAGUUGUUGAGGAAAAUAGGCAAAUUUGUGCCUGUAGACAAAUGGGAGAAGUACCUCAUAAAGGUUUGUCAGGAGUUCAACAGUACCUGGGCCUGGGAACUGGAGAAGAAGGGCUACCUGGAGAUGCCAGCAGAAUGCAAGACUGAAAUCCUCAAAUACUUGUGCGAGUGCCAGUUUGAUGACAACCUCAAGUUCAAGGCCGUGAUCAACGAGGAGGACCCUGACAAAAUGCGAUUGCAGCCCAUUGGCCGAGACAAGGAUGGGCUCAUGUACUGGUUUCAGCUGGACCAGGACCAUAACAUCCGGGUCUAUGUGGAGGAGCAGGAUGACUUGGAUGGGUCCUCAUGGAAAUGCAUUGUCAGAACACGAGAUGACUUGGCAGGCACUUUGGUUCUACUGAAGACACAGAUUGACCCAGCACUGUUGACCAAGAUGGACCAGGAAGAGGGGUCUGCCAGCACUAGCCCAAGCCCCGAAGACGAGGAGAAGAAAGAGGAGCUUGAAGGGAGUGAAAAACCUGAGGACAUUAAACAAGAGGCUGAAUGUGACGACCUCGCCAAGAAUGCAUCCUGCUCCGUUUCCCCAGAGCGUGAAAAUGAACAAAAUGACUUGAAGCAUGAGACCACAGGCAGUGAAACUACAACCAAUAAAAGCAAAGAGAAUGGGGUGAGAAUAGAGUCCCUAAUCAGCAAGAAGAACAUGGAGGAAAAACCAGUGAUCGAUCACGGGGUCAAGACCACCGCUGUUAUCAAAGAGGAACCGAAAGCACAGUUAAAUAUUAGCAGUACCAAUGAUCCUGCCCCGAUACCUGCUGUGGUAAAAACCGAGGAUUCUGAGAAAACAGAACCUCCCCAGCAAGUGAAGAGUAAGAUGGUGGAGGACGUCCAGAGGGCAAUUAAGAGUGACCAGCAGGCAAAAAUCCCUCUGAAGAAGAGAGAGAUGAAACUAAGUGACGACUUUGAUAGCAGCAACGGGAGCAACAUCAUCGUACGGAAUCUAUCCCUUACUCCCACCAAAGAGCUGCUGAAGGAGAAAGUGGGGAAGAGGGAUGAGGUAGUGUCACUGAAGGAGACAAAAGGUAGCCCUUUAAAUAUGGAGGUCCAAGCAACCACAGAAACCAUUGACCACAGUGGGAGUAAAGAGGAGGUACUAGACAAGGGAAGGUUGAGCAGUCCACCUGACAGUGGGAAACAGAAAUAUGAAAUGGAGAAAGCUGAAGAGAACACAGUGGCAGGGGGUAGUAUACCAUCUUCAGUAAUGAAUAAAGAGGAGGUUGGGAAAGAGGUGGAGAAAGACCAGAAAAACACAGAGGAUCAUAAAAAUUCAUCAAAGGACAAGAAAGAGAACUUGAUGAGGAAGAAGAAAAGAAAAGAGGUGGAGGAUGAUGAAGAGAAGAAAAAAUCAGUUGAGGAUAAGAAAGAGGGCAAACAGGAGGACAACAAAGAGAAGGCAGCUGACCCUGUUGAACUUACACUCCCUGAUCAAAUGGUGAAGACCACAGCCACUGAGGAGAAGGGACCCAGUGCUGUUAAGGAUGCUUCUGGGGCAGCUUUUGGUGGGACAGACACAAAAUCAUCGUCUAAAGAGGCAGAGAAACUGUCAGCACCUGAGGCAUCUCUCUCCAAAGGAGAAUGCCAAAGCAAGCCGGAGGAGGUACAAUCAGGAAGCUCAGCCCAGACCAAAGAGGAAGUCAAUGAGGCUCUGAGGACAAAGGGAGGUACUUCCCCAGAGCAGGAAGAGAACGGAGAGAAAUCGCAAAAAGAUCCAGAAACACCUGCUGAAUGUUCUCUGAUGGAAUGUAAUCAGUCCACUAACAAGGAUGAUGCAGCUAAUUCAGCUGCUGUUGUGCAAGACACUCAACAUCACAAGAUGGAGGCUAGUGAUGACACUACAGAGGAUGGAGAUUGCGAAACCACAGGGGAAAAAUCCACAGCAACAAAAAAGAAAAAGGAAAGGGGGAAAGGAGGAAGUAGUUCCAUAAACAUAGCAGCUAAACCAGAUGCAGAGAUGGGGGAUGAGAGAGCGAGUGACAUGGGGAAGGAGGAUGAAAGACCUCAGGUGAUUAAGAAAACUGAAAAAGAAACAGCAAGCAAUGAUGUGUUGGAGAAUGAAGACAAGCAGGAAGAUGGAGAUGCUGACAUGUUGGGUGAAAACAAGGAUGCAGCAGCUGUGAAGGAAGGCCUGGAGACUGGCAAGGUGAUGACAAAGGCCCGGACAAAGCUCAGAGUCCCAGGCAAUCCAAGGAAGGCUUCUAUCAUUAGGGAGGGUGUCCAGCAAAAGCUCCAGGCCUCUGAUCCUCCAAAGAAGGUUGAGAACCAAAAGGAGAACAGCAUCUCAGACAGCAUCUCAGACACUGCUGAAGGGAGGUCUCUGAGGAGGUCCCCCAGGAUUUCCCGGCCGAGUGCCAAGAUGGCUGAAAUCCAGGACAUGAAACAGGAGAGGAUGCAAAUGACAUCCAUAGCUGAAGACGAGGAGGAAGAAAGCAGUGACAAAGAGGAAGUCAAGCCUGUGCAAAAGAAACGGCAAGAGACCACUGCUGACCCGGACAGCCAGCCCAAGUCAACAAAGGGAAGACGGCGGCGAAGGGCAAGGUGGUCAAACGUCUCUAAGCGUAAAACAAAGGGCUCUAGUGAGGAGGAUGAGGACGAGGAUGAGAAUUAUGAAGAGGAAGAGUUUGAGGAUGAUAAUAGUGAUGAAGAUUACAAGGUGGAGAUUGACAGGAAGAGGAAGAGGAACAGAAACAGGAAAGGGAAUGAUUCAGACACCUCCUCAUCUUCAGAUGGGAUUCCCAAUGAGGACCCCUGCAAACACUGUGGCCUACCUAACCACCCUGAACUGAUUCUGCUGUGUGACUCCUGUGACAGUGGCUACCACACCGCCUGCCUCCGGCCACCUCUCAUGAUCAUCCCAGACGGGGAAUGGUAUUGCCCACCCUGCCAGCAUAAACUGCUGUGUGAGAAGCUGGAGGAGGAGCUGAAGAAACUAGAUGCGGCCCUGAAGAAAAAGGAACGGGCGGAGCGAAGGAAAGAACGCUUGGUGUAUGUGGGGAUUAGUGUGGAAAACAUCAUCCCUCCCCCUGAAUUGAAACUGGAGGAGGAGAAGGUAGUGACUGAGGAGGAGGACGAGGAGCAGGAAGAAGACGAAGAAGAGGAGCACAAAAGCUGGAAUUUAGGAAGGAGGUCAAGGAGGAGAAGAAAAAAUAUCAGCUACAGGUUUGAUGAGUUUGACGAAGCCAUCGAAGAGGCCAUUGAAGAGGACAUCAAAGAGGCAGAAGGAGGCGGUGCUGGUAGAGGGAAGGACAUGGCCAACAUCACGGGACACCGGGGGAAGGACAUCUCGACCAUCCUGCAGGAAGAGGGCAAGGAGAACGGUCGGCUGGCCCGAAGCAAGCCUGCCGCGCGCAGGCGGAAACGGCGGCGGCUGAAUGACCUGGACAGUGACAGCGCUCAGGACGAGGAGGAGAGCGAGGAAGAGUUUCGCCUCAGCGACAGUUCGGAAGAGGAGGACUUUGUGGUGUCGGAGAACGAGGCGGAGAGUGACGCGCUGUUGAACUCGUUCGACGACAGCGAUUUCGGCAGCACGGGUAGAGGUCCUUGCAUAAAAGUGUCCCGGUCCAGGAAACGAGCAAAGAAGACCAGGCGGGCACCACGCCGACGAAGAGACUACUCGGAGGAUGAAUUGGAAGAGGAAACUGCGGAGGAAGAGGAUGAGGAAGAGGAAGAAAUAGUGACAGAGGGCUCCAGUGAUUUCAGUGAUAACGACCUGGACAUGAGGAGACGCAGGUCGUCCCGGAGCCUGAAGAAGCAGGUCAACUACUGUGAGACCUCUGACACAGAAGGCUCCCAAGCAGCCACCAACCGGGAGAAGCAGAAGCCAAUACGCCGCCGCCUGUCCAGCUCGGACAGCGAAGGGAGUUUCCACUCUGACCAAGAGGAAGACGAGAAGAUGACAAAGAGGGUGGUGAGGAGGGCCACCAUCCCCAUGAGGGACUACAGGCAACGACGCAGACCGGUGACACUAAAGCGACGAAGAGCUUCGGAGGAAGACGACGACGACGACUCUGAGGAGUCCGAGGAAGAGGAGCGGCCCGUCCGCAAGAGGCUGAACCGUAUCGAUUCGGAUGAGGAAGAGGAGGAAGGGGAGAAGACCCUUGCGGGCAGGGAGGAUGAGAGCGUGAAGAAGACCCACAGAAUGGCCAGCGAUGACGAGGAGAGCCCAUUGGAUUAUAACCUGGUGGAGCUACCCUCCGCCAAUGGACAGAGCCCCAUGAAGGGCCUGGAUGGCUUCAUCACAAGCAGGCCUGGAGCUCUCCAGGGAGGGCCAAAGAUUAGCGGGGCACCCACCGCUGCCCUGGCCCCCAAUGGCCUGGUCGUGCAGGAGAUGGCUCCUCAGGACGAGGACGAAGACGACCUCUUGGGGGUGACUGACCUCGUGGACUAUGUCUGCAACAGCGAACAGUUGUAAAAUCAGUUUUUCCUGGUUUAUUUUUGUUCUGUUCUUUUAACCAUUGGCCAACACCACCACUUCCUCACGCCAGUUUAAAACAGUGUUUUGGACGAAGGCUGGCUUUGACUAAGGCCAGUGUCAAAUUUUCAAAUGCACAGUGUCUGUGCCAUCUUGUGCUUCUCACAAAACACAAACACACACACGCCCGGGUGAAGGACUGCCAGUGUCCUCCUUUGAACUCACUGGGGUCUCUUUCUCUUUACAGUAUCAAUGGUCUUCAGAAAGGAAAAUACAUUCUUGGCCUUGUUUUUACAAAAAUUGAUAUUGUAUUGUAGACACUAUGCUGUAUAUUCUCUACUUGUUUUCUUUGUAUUUUUUCAGUUCCUGUUGUAAGAUUUUUAUAUUUUGUACGAAUAUCUUGCCUGUCCAUAACUAAUCAUUUUUGGGGUCGGGGUAGUAAAUGCAUUCCAUUCUCAACUUGGACAUUAAGGGAUCUCCGGUAGAAAAAUCUUUAUUUUUUCUUAUAUAAAGUGUUGUGUUUUUUGUAAUCCAUUUUUCCACCAAUGAGUAGGAAAUGAUGUUAUUGUCAUUGGUAUAUUUGUCCAGUCAGGUCAAAUUUUUACAGAUCCUUGAUACUGAACACUUUUUUUUCUUCCUUUCCUUCAUGACUAACUGCUGGGAAACAAAUUCAUGUCUCUUAGCAUACAUUUUAAAGAAAAAACUGUUCUUUUAGUCAGAUUCCUGAGCUAGCUUUCUACUUUUAUAAUAUUUUAACUACUCUUAUUUCAUUUAUCAUAUAGAUAUACAUUCAAAAUUAAACCUUUGCUUGACUGACAUUGUUGUCAGGGUUGAUAUUUCUUCCAUCUUUUAUAUUGAUCAAGUUGUUGGUAUUUGUUGUUUUUGAAAUCCAAGCCAAAUCAGAGCUCGGUGAUAAAUAAGCUACUACCUGAAAACCAGUAAUCAAUGGUCAUGAAAAUGUGAUAAAUGUGGUAUUUGAAUAAUGGCAGUUAUACAGUUCAUUUAUUAACCAACAUUUUUACAACUUCUUAAAAAGGUACUUUUUUUUUUUUAGAAUUUCUCUUGCUUUAAAAAUAUUUUUAAUACUUUUUAAAAAUCCCUUUGCUGUAAACUCCAUUGACCAGUUUUAGAAUGAGUCUCUGGAGUCUGAAAUAAACAGGUCUUUACCAAUGAAGAUAGCUUAUUUGUACUGCAGUCAAAAAAAUGACAUUAUCCAGCCAUUGGCAUCUUGUCUGGAUUGAGCAGUUGUCCAUUGUCUGCCAAACCCUUUUUUACGCCAGUAAACCGUCACACAGUGGCUGUGUCUUGCAUGUUUGUGUCUUUGUUUUGGUAAGUAACAGUAUAGAUUAGACAACUGAUGUAUAAAGUCUGCAUUAAACCAGGGUGCAUAA